AUGUCGAUCAAAUCACCGUUGAGGAUUGUGUUGGGAGUAGCCAACGUUGGAGACAAGUCUCUGGAUUCAACUGUCCGUUACGACACCCCUGAGGAGGUGAAUGCUUACCUCAAUGCGUUCUAUGAGCGUGGUGGACGGCACAUUGACACGGCCCGUGCCUACUCACCACAUGCUCCUGGAUCUUCAGAAGAGAGGCUGGGUGUCGUUGAGGCCGGGAAGCGGUUUUCAAUCGACACCAAGGUGUUUUCUCUGACGCCCGGCAGCCACUCGAAGGAAAACGUCAAGGAAAACAUCGACACGUCCUUGUCCCUCUUGAAAAUUCCGAAGAUCGAUGUCGAGUACCUUCAUGUGCCGGACAGAACAACGCCUUUCGAGGAGACGCUAGCAGCCAUCAAUGAAGCCUAUGAGCAAGGCAAGUUCGAACGCUUUGGGUUGUCCAACUAUACAGCCGAGGAAGUGGACAAGAUUGUUCAAAUAUGCGAAGAAAGGGGCUUCGUGAAGCCGACCGUGUAUCAGGGCCAGUAUAAUCCCAUUAUCAGAAGUGGGGAGAAGGAACUCUUUCCGAUCCUGCGAAAGCAUGGGAUUGCUUUCUAUGCCUGGAGUCCCGCCGCUGGUGGUUUCUUCGCAGGGAACCACAAGAAUGUCCAACACGGCGCCCGGUUCGACACAUCGACUUGGUUAGGUCAAGUGUACGCGUCCGUCUACCUGAAACCCAAUAUCGAAGCCGCGACCGACCGUGCAGUCGAGCUUGUGGCCAAGCACGGCAUCAACGGCCACGCCGCGGCGUUGAGGUGGACUGUAUACCACAGCACGCUCAAAGAGGAAUCCGGCGAUGCGAUCAUUAUUGCCGCCUCAAGCGUCGCGCAGCUGAACUCCAACUUUGACAUGAUUGAACAAGGUCCCUUACCGGCCGAGGUUGUCGGCGCCAUGGAGGCGCUGUACAAGGAGGUUGAGGGCACCGAGUUCCCUUACCAUCUGUGA